UUUCAGCCUCGGAUCUUUCACGCGCGUUUCUGCUUCCUCCGCUCUCUCUCACUCUCUCUCCAAACAUACUUCUCGCUCUUAAAGCCCAACCGUGAAUUCUCUCUUUCUUUCUUCCUGAAAUUCAAAGGAGAAAAUAUAAGAAGAAGAAGAAAAAGAAGAGCUUUAUGAACCCUGAAAUCACGGAGAAAGAGUCAUUAUAUAUAUAGAAUUCGCAAGGAUUGUGUGGAGAAUAAUUCAAGCAGAUGUUAUGUCGUUAAAAAAGUUGAAAGAGAGCCGCUUUUUAGGGGGAUGAAAUAUGGGCAUGUGGCCAUCUGGGUCCUGUCUUUCCUCCUUUCUUUCUUCCUUUUAAUGUUCAGACUUCAGAGAGUUGUCAAUGGGUUUGGUUCUCUUUGUGGGCAUGCUUGAUCACUUGGCUGCAGAAGAUUUGAAGGGACCAUAUAUAUGGAUGAAUAUUCUGGUAAAAGAGCUGUCAAUGAGAUUUUGGUCUCUAGGAAGGAAUCUGGUCUCAUGCUGAGAGAUAACACCAACACUAGAGAUCAUAAUGGACAAUUUUGCAACAGACUUGGUUGCAGUGGCAGACUGAACUCCACAAGAGGUUCUCAAAAUGGCUGUUCAGAAAAGCCCAAAUCUCCAAGGCCUUCAUUCCGCCCUUCUUCAAGUGGCAAAGAAAAAAUUGGAAGUUCCUCUAGGACUUGCUCCACGAUUAGUAAUGGGAGAAAAUACAUCCCAGAGCCUCGGAAGAAGCUCUCUUCUCAAUUAGAUGCUGAUUCAUCUGAAACUAGUAGUGUUCAGGAUGAGCCAGAGGUUUCAGAAGUCACACUUCCACCCGGAAAGAUUCACAGAGGGUCUGAAAUUGGGGAGCCUGGUAGUGACACUCUAAUGGAAGUGGGAGGUUCUAGUGCAGCAUCAGAUACAAGACCACGGAGGAAUCUGCAUCAAAAUUCUGGAUUGCGCAACCGAGAGAAUCCGGUCGCUUCCUCCAUAUCAUUGGAAUCUAAAAGCUCUGGCCAGGCAGCACGUGCUGGUGCAAGCAGAUAUGGUUUAAGAAAUCUCAGAUACAAUUCAAUAUCUGAUGCCAUCCCAUCAGGUUGCUCGGCUUCAGAUGCAAGCCUCAGUAAGAGGAAGGAUAUCAUGAAAAGGAGAAAUUCCGAAGGGGAAAGUAGCUCCACUGCUAGAGGGAAGAAGAUGAGUGGAUCGUCAUUGGAAGGAAAGAACUCUAGUUCUAGCCAUGGCAUCUCCAUUUCCGAGUCAAGACGAGCAAGAAAUAUGCCUUCUAACAGGGAUACUUGCGUCACAUCAGUUCGGACUAGGCGAUCAGUUAAUGGCCACAACUGGGCAAGGCCCACCAAUCAAGGAAAUGGAAACAGUCUGUCACCAAAUGGAUCCUCUGUUGCCAUCCCGCAAAUGCUUCAAUCCGACAUACCUAUGGACCCAAAUGGUUCUAGUUCAUCACAUCAAUUAUCUGCAGGAACACCCUUGAGUCGUUCAAUUUCUUACAGUCGACCAGGCAGUAGCAGUGAGAGCUUACAUGGUGUUAUAUCAGCCAGUCCUGCAGAAGUUGGUAUUAUCCGCUCUUUAAUGAAUCAAGAUAGUAUCAGGCGCCACAACAUAGAUGGUAUUGCAGAGCUAUUAAUGGCACUUGAGAGGAUUGAACAAGAUGAAGAGCUAACAUAUGAGCAAAUUCUUUCUCUGGAGAGCAACUUGUUUCUUUGUGGCAUAUAUGUCCAUGAUCAGCAUAGAGACAUGAGACUGGAUAUUGAUAACAUGUCGUAUGAGGAAUUAUUAGCUCUAGAAGAGAGGAUGGGAACUGUGAGCACAGCACUACCAGAAGAUGCAUUGUCGGAAUGCCUGAAGAGUAGCAUUCAUGAGUCUAUAAUUCCAAAGGAUGUAGAUGUGGGCUGCAGUGAGGAUAAAGAUGAUGUCAAAUGCAGUAUCUGCCAGGAGGAGUAUGUGGUUGGAGAUGAAGUGGGUAGAUUACAAUGUCAGCACAGAUAUCAUGUGGUGUGCAUACAACAGUGGCUGCGGUUGAAGAACUGGUGCCCCAUAUGCAAAGCAUUGGCGGCACCCUCACUAUCAUCUUUUUCCUCCUCUUAGUUCAAUUUAUUAGAUCAGGUUGCUGGAGACCUAUUUUUUCCUUUUGCUACAAUAUAUGCGUGUUUCUUCGUU